AUGAUUGUGAAAAAUACAGUAAAAUUAGAUUUGAAAAUUAAUAAAUAUGAUAAAGUUGAUGAUUUUAAUUGGUUGAAACAACAAGCUUCUCCAAAUUGGAAAAUCAUUUCACCAGAGCAUAUAAUAGAAAAAUGGCCUUUAGUUAAUAAUGAUAACAAUAUAAAUGUUGUAGAGACUAUUGAAAAUCUUUUAAAAUCUCAAGAAUAUUAA